AUGGUGGUCACGGCGUCUCCCGACACGUAUCUGCACGUCAUCGACUAUGGAUUGAAGAAAGUCCGUUUGCGGUUCGACCGCCUCCUCCUGCAGGCCUUCAUGGCAGGUGUGUACGUCGGCAUGGCAGGCAAUGCGUGCAUUUCCUUGGCGGGCGGCUUUUCCACGGACCCUCAGGACCCGAAGGCGAUAACCCCGGGCGUGCAGAAGUUUAUCUACGCAUCCAUUUUCCCCGUGGCUUUCAUUGCGAUUAUCAUGACUGGGGCUGAACUGUUCACUGGCAACACCAUGACGAUGUUGAUUUGCUGGUUCGAGAGACGCAUCACAAUCUGGCAACUCCUGCAAAACUGGGCAGGAAGUUUCCUCGGCAACUGGGCGGGCACUCUCUUCUCGGCGUACUUUUUAACGUAUCUCUGCUGUCACUUUGACCAUGACCCGUACUUUAGCUACAUGGACCAAACGGCUGCCGCCAAAGUGAGCCACGGCUGGGGAAGUUGUUUCCUUCGCGGCAUCGGCUGCAACACUUGGGUCUGCCUCGCGGUGUGGUUUGUCGUCGCGUGCGACGACGCUGCCGGGAAGAUUCUGGCUCUUUGGUUCCCCAUCGUCGCCUUUGUGCUUUCCUCGUACGAGCAUAUAAUCGCGAACCUUUACACGCUGCAGCUGUGCGCUAUGUUGGGAGUCAGCACGUCUCUCGGAGACAUGAUCGCCUUCAACCUCCUUCCCACUUUCCUCGGAAACCUCGUCGGCGGAUGUGGACUGAUUGGAAUGGUCUACUUUUACAACUUCUACCCGAUCGUUGGCCACGUGGACGAUGCCAUAGAGGGCAGCAUCUGCGAAAGCAGCGUCAAAGAGGACAGCGUCUCCUUGGUGGGCGUGCCGCGCGGAGCCUCGGUAAACAGCCUGGCCGUCUCGGCUAUCCCGUCUGUGUUCUCAGCUCCGCGCGGGCAGCGAGAAAGUUUCGCUGGAGAGAACAGCACGCUCGUGAUGGGCGACCUCAAGCGCCAGCGCAGCGUCGCCUCCACGCGGAGAGCCGUGACAGGCGCCUCUACCGAGUCGAAAAAGGACUUGCAGCUAACGGUUCGCCCCGACGACGCUGAAAUGCAGAGCACUAUGGAAGACAUGUUUGGCCUGGAGGCCCCGAGGAACGCGACCGGCGCCGCAGCCGGCAACGGCACUGGAGUCCCAGGGGUCGGCGCUGCAUCCAAAUCACCAGACCCGUCAGCCACUGGAGCGACAGUCGCCGCAGCCUCGCCCACGGCGACAAGCUGA